GGGAGGACAGAUGAAGCGCUUACAGAACGAAAGCGGUCGCGUUUAAACUCAACAGUUUCUCAGCACACAGCGAGCAGCGCCUCCUCCUCGUCUUCCCCCUCCUUCAUCCUCCGUGCAUCCAUCCUCCUCCUCCUCCUCCGUUCCUCCUCUCCAUGCCGGCGGAGGUCUCCGCGGGGCUGCCAUGGCGAAGAUCCGGGUGUCGUACGAGUACUCCGAGGCCGAGGACAAGAGCAUCCGGCUGGGCUUGUUCCUGAUCGCCUGCGGGAUCCUCAGCCUCUUCAUCCUGGGCUUCUGCUGGCUCAGCCCGACCCUGCAGAGCCUCCAGAGCAAGCCGGCCAACUGCACGGUGGUGUCGGUGUUGCGUCCGGAAGAGAUGUUUGAGUGCGUGUUCACAUGUGGAGCAGACUGUAAGGGAACGUCGCUCUACCCCUGCCUGCAGAUCUUUGUCAACAACUCCGAGUCCAACUCUGUGGCUCUGCUGCACUUUGACGAGCAGCAGCUGGUCCUCAACCCAAAGUGUUCGUUUGUGCCUCCGUGUGAGAGGGACAACCAGAAGAACAGAGACAGCGUUCUGUGGUGGGAGGAUUACUUCACCAAAGAGGUCAACAGCCAGUCGUUCAUCUGCUUCUUCAACCAGCAGCGGCGGCCUGAUGACGUGUUGUGGCGCCGUUCCCAUGACACCAGUGUCCUGUUACACUGUGUUCUUUGGCCAAUGGUUUCCCUCCUUCUGGGCACACUCAUUGUGCUCCUGACGGUAUGUGCUCGCUCCCUGGCUGUUCGAGCCGAGGCCCUCCAGAAGAGGAAGUGCUCCUAUGAGGUCUGCCAAGACCUGUCUGCCAUGCCACCUGACCGCUGCGGCAGCAAGGCCAGAGACCCACUCACGACAAACUCUGACCCCGAGCUGUCAUCGCCCUCAAGGACCCUGCCGCUGUUUGCGGUCCCAGUGCGGCGCAGAGAUCGGGAACAUUAGAGCGAGCAGAAAGAUGUUUCUUCAGCAUGAAAUCACUAAGAAUGCCAAUGAGCCGGUGGGCGAAGUCGACUUAAUGGCUAAAGACGCCACCAACAACCCAUUGCUGUCCGGACUGGUUGGUAUGAUCAGAAUGUUUGAAUGAGGUGAAGAUGAGGGGACAUCCACUGUUGCCUAUAGAUUUCAGCAGGAAGACUAUACAAAACUUCAGACUUUUUCCUGAUUUUAGCUUAAAGUGGAUCAGUGGAAAUCUUCUGACUAGCAAUGAAAGGCUGUUUAAAUGAGGGUAGUUGGUGUUGGGUACUGAUAGCUGAUUCUACUUUGGGUCUGGUUUCUCAUCAUCAAGAAACCCAGACUUAUUAAGUUCUGGUGUUUUAAGGGUCUCUUAUCAAGUAUCUUUAUCUGUUAUACUUGUUCAGUCAUUUCAGCUUACUUGUGAGCUCCAAUAUUUGGAUUAUAUAAUUUGUUAUAAACCAGCUAUAUAAAUAAGUUUGUUCCAACUAUUAAAUGGGAAAAAUCUGUAUUCAUCAGAGAUCUUUCAGUGAUCAUCCAUCAGUUUCUGGCUUCGUCCAGCAGCAACUAAUCACAUAUAGAACAAUAUAUGUUCAAGAUAUUCUGGGAAUGGGCUAAAAGUUAUUUAAAUUUAACCAUCUCCAGUUCAGAUUAUUGAACUGGAAGUCCCAUUAUGACCUACUUUUGCCUCAGCGAUGAGAGCUGGAUCUCCUCCAAUCUCAAAACGAUAAACACUGAUCUUAAUUUCAAUUUUAGAAAAGUGGACAAAGUUGGAUUGAGGUGAGUCUGGCAAAUACACUGUCGCAAGAAAAUGAUUGAGAUCAGCCAAAUUUGAAUCAGGUAGGGUUUUUGAUUCUUAGAAAUUUUUGACACCUUGUGCUGAUCUUUGACUUGUGUUUUUAAGUUGUUAUACAAAGCAUGAAAGCUGAGAUUCUAUCAGAGAUUUAGAUUUAAUAGGAUGCUAUCAAAGCCCAACCCAAACCCUCGCGCUGUGAUUGAUGAUGCAGUCAGGACAAGACAAGCAUAAGGACUGACUCUUGGGAAGUAACUGCUCUUCUGUAGCUCUCUUAUUAAUGUAGUUUCCCUUCAAGUCCCAGUAGCCAUGAAUGUUUCUUAACAGAGGUGCAAAGUCCUGAUGUUACCUUCAGGAUUGUCUCUGCUGUUCUAGCUUGUGCAACUCAAGGCAGUCUUUUGCUGAGAAUUUCUUUCAUCAGUCUUCUAACAAAUGAGACAUAUUACAUAUGUGAAGAUAAAUAGUUGUCUACUACAGCACUUUUAUAGUACAAUUUGAACCCUAUAGGAGCUUAGCAAUGAUUUUGUUUUGUUGAAAAAAGUUUUUACCAGCACACAGUCACAACUGUUGUUUUCUCUUUGAUUUGUAUCAAUGGUCAUAGAAAAUAUCUGGAUUGUUUAGUCGUCUCUUGUGCUCUUGGUUGUUUACUGGGGGGGGGGGGGGGGGG